CUACGAUAGGCUCCGAUGAAAGUAGAGGAGACGGUAGAGUGGACAAGCUGAUCCGCAGUGAGCUUUCCCGAGCGGACUCGCUGCUUCAUCAUUUUGCGGACAAGAAACAUCAUAGCGUUGGGCGAAGAGACAGAAGUAGAAAGACAAAAGCCGCCGGCGGAACAAGAACUUCAAGUAGGCUGCAGCAAAGGAGGCAGAAUACCAGAAAUAAAAGCUCGGAGGGGAAUUACAUCACCGUGCUGGAAGGCCACUUCAAGGGAACUGGGGCGCCGUCCGCUGUUACCCACGCCAGUGGUGAUGAUCAACAAGCGUCAGGCGGCGCAGAGAACGGGAGCGGAACAAGCAGUAGCUUCGUAGAGCGAAGUGCAACAUCAAGCAGGAGUAGAUCACGCUCCAUCUCCUCAUUGGCGGCUAGGAGUGCAGCAGCCGCAACUACCAGCAGUAGCGACGCCGAUGAACAACAAGCCCCCGUGGUCCAGGAAACGCCACCCGACCCCCCCAAGGGCGGGUUCGCGCUGCAAAUCCAUCUUGCGUCGAACUCACCCGACGAGGUUCUGCAGCGGGCCAACAUGCUGCAGAACGUGAGCUAUGUGGACGUGAAGAAUCUAGAUGAAACGAUUAGCAAGGUGUUGCAGGCGACGGGGAAAGCAGCGGUGGUGGAGGACAUAGUGGAACGGUACAUGAGAAAGCACAUUUUACAGGAGCAGAAGGACAAAGGGCUCAAAACCAUGAACAACGACAGUUUGAAAAUUACUCUCCUCCCUGUUUUCACGACAACGAAUUUGCAAGAAUCAUCUUCAAGCGGGUCGAGUAAUAACACCGAUGCUGCAGCGAGCGCGGGUGCAACUAAUUUCAGCAGUAGCUCGUCCUUCGUAGAAAUCGUGAACAACGGGCGAAAAGCGAGAUUGAAGCAAGAAACAAGAAUACGAAGGAGCGACAGGAGAAUAUGGAAAUGUCAGAAUCGAAAUUGACAAAAUCGAAAUGAUUUGCCAUGCAUAAAAUGGAUUCCAGUUCGAACCCAGUUUCUAAGUGGCGCAUGACAAAUUCUGGCGGUGCCUAAAUCCAGCUUGCAAUGCUGUCUAGGCAAAGAAGACUGAUUCUCUCCUGCUGCUUUAGCAGCUCGAGCUAUAACCCCAAACAGGCUCCUUACAAUCGGCCUCACUUGCCUGCUCUGCAACACACGUAUUUCGCGUCAUGCAUUUUAUGCAUCGCAAAUUUUUCGAUUUUGUCAAUUUCGAUCCUGACGCUUCCAUAGACAAAGGAAACCAGCAACAGAAAAAGAAAACGCGGAGGCGAAACGUCGAAGAAGUCACGACCAACUGCAUCAUCUUCAUCACCAAGUAGCGGAGCCGACGACUCGUCGACAAAAGCCACGAAAGUUGUAGAAGACCACGCUCUAUGAACUGCAAAAGUAUUGUACUCGUAUAAAUGCAUUACAAGUUUCCUCCGCAUGAGAAAUAAAAUUUGUAAUGCGGAUUUACGAUAAGAAAAAAAUUUGUAAUGCAAGACUUGCAUUUAUACGAACGAGUGCGAUACUUUUGCACAGGAUACGCUCGGGCCGCGGCCCUCCUACAAACAGAGAAAGACGACGGAAAUAAUACUUCUGCAACGGGAGAUAUGGAGGUGUCAGGUUUGAAAUCGUCUAAGUUGAAAUAAUUUGUGAUGCAUAAAAUGGAGGCCAGUUGCAACCCAGUUUCUAAGUGGCGCAUGACAAAUUUGGGAAGAGCCGAGACCCAGUUUGUCAUGCUGUUUGGGUAAGGAAGACGCCUUUUGUCAUGCUACUUUAGCAGCUCUAUUGCUACCCCUCAACAGGCUUACAAUCUGCCUCCCUUGCCUACUCAGCAAGACAAGCACUUUGUGGCUUGCAUUUUUUGCAUCACAAACUAUUUCAACUUUGACGAUUUCAAACCUGACACUCCCAUAGGAGACGCAGAGGACGCUGCUGCUGCUGAUGAGGAUGUCGGGGAGGCUGUAGAAAGCAACACUGAAGAUGACGCUGGCGGAGCAACAGAAUCUUCAAGCGACUCGUCGUCAAACACCGUUUUCGACACGCUCGCUGGGAAAGGGGAUUCAUUUGACUACGACUAUGAAGACAUCGAGAUCACCUACAAGCUCGGACAAUCCUUCCUCCACAAUCGCACUUGGUGUGACGCCCUGGCGGUCUGGAGCGACGGACCCGGCUACCACUGGAAAGCGGGCGUGCGGUAUUUGCUCGGUUUUCAGAUUUUCUGGCUGAUUCUCACCCUCCUCUACAUCAACCGGCACAAAUUUACCGGCGAGCUGCGCGAUAUGGAAGCGUCAGGUUUGAAAUCGACAAAGUUGAAAUGAUUUGUCAUGCAUAAAAUGGAUACCAGUUGAAAGCCCAAUUUCCAUGCGGCGCAUGACAAAUUUUUGGAGCACCGGAAUCCAAUUUGUCAUGCUGUUUGGGCACAGAAGACUGCUUUUGUCAUGCUCCUUUAGAAGCUCUAUUCCAAGCCCUAAAUAGGCUCACAAUCUGCCUCACUUGUCAUCCCGGCAAGACAGGCGCUUCAUGUCUUGCAUUUUAUGCAUGGCAAAUCAUUUCAACUUUGACGAUUUCAAUCCUGACAGAUCCAUACGCGAGCACCCGAAGUGGGAGGAAAUUCGGGAGCUGGAAGCGUUUAUGAACUGCAAAAGCAACGUACUAGUAGUAAUUGCAUUACAAAUUACCUCAGCAUGACAAAUGGAAUUUGUCAUGCUGUUUUACCUUGGGAUGGAGAUUUGUAAUGCAUUAUUGCAAUUACUACGAGUACUCCCCAAGAGAUUUGAGUCGAGCACCGCCCGAGAUUUUAGGUGAUGAAUAUUUGAAAAAAUGAAAAGAGAAACACUUUUAAUUUUUGCAGCGCGCGCAAGCUUGCGCUGCCGGGGGGCUUCGCCCUCCCCAUGUUCGCGAAAGGCUUGACUUUGCCCUGCCCCUUCGGCGUUUUCUUUCUUUGCGUGUAGUGUAGCCUCGGCAGGCGAUUCGUUUUCCCCGCCACCGGCUCGCGUGCUGACGUGGGCGCCUUUGGGGUGUUGUGCGUUUUUUAUGUUGCCCGCGCGGCGCGGGUCUCCAUGUCGGAGCUAAGGCGCGCGGCUCCGUGGCGCUUUGUGCUUUAUUUUGCCGGGGCUUUUUUUGCAUUUUUGCUAUUUUAUGGCAGUAGGAACAUGAAGAGCAGCCCGCCUCUGCAGUUGGCGCCCCGUUCCUCUUUUUCGUGUCGAAAUUUUCGCGGGGCAAACCACGCGGCGCCGGCUGUGUCUUUCGCACUUUGCUUCCAGAGCUAGUGGCGCGACUGCUUCGCGUAAGCGCCCUGAAUUAGCACCAAGUGAGGCUCUUCGUUGGUUUUCCAUGUAAUGCAACCCCGGAGGCCGGUUCGGCGUGUCAGCCAGCGGCCUGCUUCUUGUUGCGGGCAUUUUAUUUUCUGGCGUUUUUCGUUUCGCGCGUUGGUCGUGUGGCGUUUAUCUUCACUUCAGGGCGCAGAACAGUGACGCGGCGGCGUUUUUCGCUCCUUGUCUGCAUUUGUGGACUUACUAUCCUUGCUGCGCUGCAGUGCCAGCGCCGACUUACCAAGCAUCCAUGAGAGGCGCCGCGGUUGCUAAGGUUUUACGCUAAAAGUGGCAACGCUGUCCAUGUUUUGCCUUCGUCUUCCUUUUUGGGUGUCUUUCCGCUGCUUUUUUGCCGUACUUCGUUCAUUUUGUUGCGUUUUUGCGCCUUUUCGAGCUAUGCGGAGCUUUUCCGGCGCAUUUUGGGCCUAAAAACGAACAAACUGCCUGGGGCUGGUUAUUUUCGCCGCCUGCUUGCCGUAUUUUGUUCACUUCGUCGCGUUUUUGUGCCUUUUUAAGCUGGAGGAAUUUUUUUGGCGCAUUUUGGUCCUCAGAACGGCCAAACUAUCUGGAAUCGACCUGGCGGAUGCGAUAGCGCCACCGCUCUGCGGACUUGCUCCUGCAAAAUCAUCGGCGCGCGCCUUGUCGCGCUUCUGCGCCUUUUUGGAGAAUUUGCAAAGCGUUGCACUUUUGCGCCUAUUUCGAUGGCUUUGCGACCGUUUUUGCUUUAGUUUGCGUCUGUUGGUGCAUUUGCGCACCUUUUUGAGCUGAUGGGAGCUCUUUUGGCGCAUUGUGGUCCUAAGUACGACCAAACUGUCGGGAGUUAGCUCUACGGGUGCGACAGCGCCAACGCGCUGCGAACCGCUGCAAAAUCAUAGGCGCGCGCCUUGUUGCGAUUUUGCGCAUUUUUGGAGAAUGCGCAAAGUGGCGCACUUUUGUGCUUAUUUUAAGAAAUUUGCGCCCUUUCCGCCUUAGUUUUUGCAUUUUGGCAAAUUUGCGCAAUUUUUAGGCUUAACUAGGUGGCCCCGCCGUGCGCUUUUCCGUUUAUUUCGUUCUUUUUGACUUAACAAGGCCUGUUCUGCAGUGAAAUGAGUCGAAUUAGCACCAAAAAGGUGCGUUUGUACCUUAAGAAAGUUGGCACUUUUUUUCGAAUUUCGCAGCUCUUUGCGAAUGUGCCCUUAUGCGCACUUACGUCGUUACUUUCAUCAGUUCGCGACUUUUUUCGUUUUUUUGUCGCAUUUUCGCACAUGGGGGCAAUUUUAGCGCUUAACUAAGUGGCCCCGCCGUGCGCUUUUCCGUCGUUUUUGUUGUUUUUGACUUAACAAGACCAGUUUUGCACUAAAAUGACUCGAAUUAGCACGAACGGCGUGCGUUUUUACCUUAACAAAAUUGGAAUUUUUUUUUCUGAUGUGAUGCAUGUUUGCAAUACAAGUUAAAGACGAUGCUUUUGCACAGGAGAGCGUUGAGAAAGGAGGAACUCGAACGGAAACGGGAGGAGGCGGAUAUCGAAUGCAAAUAUGUUCUUGGGGUCUGUAAGAAUGCGAGAUCUGUCAUGCAGUUUUUGCCCGACCCAGAUCGUCUGGCAUGCAAGCUCUAGCAUCACAGAUUCUGAGCAGGUAGUACCCCAAUGCCUAAUCCGCAUUACAAAUCCCUUCUUUCGGUAACAAGAAACUGCGGCCUUUUGCUAGCCAUGCAUGACAGAUUUUGCCAUGAUGUAGCCUGCGCAUCACAAAUUCGAACUCUUCCAGACCCAGAGAUGAUAUUUGCAAUGCAUAGCGAAGCGGAUCGCGCAAAUUAAGGCUGCCCAAGAAGCGGUGGAAGCGCAAGAAGGCGAGGGCGCCGGCGGGUUUGAGGCGAAAGCAGCGCCCGAGCCGCCGAACAGUGCAAGGUCGGACAGAGGCGGAGCACCCGCGUUCGGUAUCAAAGGGAAAAAUCCUCCCUCCCCAUAUCGAAACGAGGUUUCCCAUGCUGGAUUUGCGUACACAAAUCAGGUCUGUCUUGCUGGAGAGUACUGCCGGCAUAUGCCAAGCCUGAGGCGAGAGGUUUUGCUGUAGGCGACUAGCAUGACGAAUGUCUAUGCUGUAAGCCCAACAGCAUCACAAACCGCCUGCAUAAUGCGGCGGACUCUCUGCCUUUGCCUCCUUGCAAGACAGACAGGAUUUGUGGCCACAAAUCUGCAUCACAAAUUUUCGGACGGAGGCGCUUUCAAUAUGGGGAGGGGAAAUUUUUCGUCACAAUAUUCGGCGGUGGCUCCUCCGCGUUUCAAGGCGGCAGCAAAGCGGGC